UUUCAGCGCUGCUCGCUGUACUGGCUGCAUGCCGCCCGGGGUCAAUGACACCAGUCUCGUACCCAUCUCAGCGCGUGCACACAUGUUUCCUUCUCCCGUCUUCAUCUUUCUCUUCCGAGUCCUCUCUCUCUCCCACUCUCCGUAAGCCCCGGUCGCCGCGGGUUCGGGUCCUCCGCUCGAUUCCCGAUUUUUCGUGUCCUUUCUUUCCCGGGCUUUCCUCGGAAAUUCGCGCCAGUGCCCGUGGUCGUCCCUCACGCUCAGCUAGCCCUUUCCCGCUUUUCCGCCUUCUCGCUUUUCCGCCCGGUGGCGGCUUUACCGCUUUAUUGGUCCCUCGGCCUCAGCUCGGUUCGGUUCGGUGUCCUCAGUGUACUACCCUGUCGUGACUCAUCAAUUCCUUCUAUCAAGGGCAACCAGGAGUUCCGAGAGAGAGAAGUUGCGUGGAGAUGGACAAGCUGGAUAGCGGCAUGAGCUCGGUUCUUGGAUCUCGCACACAUCCCCGUCUCGGGUGAAAACUUUCGAUUUCACCGAUCGACCGGCCCGAUCCGGAUCCAGCGAGGAUUAGCGCGAGGACAUGCUCUUGAAAAAGAGGAAGAAAAAAAGAAUGCUGGUUUUCAUUCACUUGGAUAUAUCCUACUUCGAGUGAUUGUGUCGCAAUUUCGUUGUCGCGAAACAAUCGGUGUUUAUCGUCGGCGAGUCUGAUUACUCACCGGGACCGACCGGGCGCCGACCUGAGGCUCGGCGAACGACUUCCCAAGAACCAAGCUCGCGAAUUUGCAAACAUGACCGUUUCGACGGCCCGCCUCGCCUCCUUUUUCAUGUACUUAAAAAUCAGUGAGCAUUUUCAUUCAAGAAUUUAUCUACCGAUUUAAUACUUACCCGUUGUUGUGAAGUUGAAAAGUGAUUUUUUUUCCUGUUCCCCCAGUUCGACGUGUGGUUUGUUAACAUGUGACCUCCAACGCAAAAUUUUGAUACCUCUGAUUUUUUUAAAUUUUAUUUUUUCUUCUUCCCUUUUCUGUUUUUUUUUCUUCGGUUGUGCCUUUCGAAAUUGUCCACGUGCGCCGUUUUUCAAAAUGUGAAUUCCUUAUAAUUUUGCCGCAUUUUUUUUUUGUUUGUCUCUAUCUCCGUUUUUCUGAGUUUAUUGACACGUAUUGGCGUUUUACUUAUUUCAUCGACGCGAGUUUCCUUUUCGGUCCGGUUGCACGGCAUCGUGAUUCCUUGCGUGUUUCGCCCAGAGCCGAGGAGAGAUCGGCGUUCGGUCCGGAAAUUUGGCAACGUCUCAAGUCGUGCGCUGUGAACCUAACCUAACACCGACUGCAGCGGCCGAAUAAGGGAGCCUCUAGCAAAAUGAAUUAUGACCCUGACAAGACCCCCAUGUGACUUAAAUACCAUGAGCCUUUUUCAAGACCUCAAGUUGAAGCGACGCAAAUUAGAUUCUCGGUGCAGUAGCGACGGAGAAAGCGUAGCCGACACUAGCACGUCCUCUCCUGACGUCGUGGGGCCUGGCUCACCCUGCGUCAAAAUGGAAAUUGUCAGGGCAUCACCAAGUCCUGGCACCAUUCGUGACAGGACGGCGUCCCCGGACUCAGUUCUACCGGAACUCCCGUCGCCGGUCGAAGAGGAGCGGACGGUGAAAUCCAUGUGCAUCAAAGAAGAAAGGAUAAGCGAUAGUCAUUUAGAAAGGUGCCUGAAAGUAAAGCAAGAGAUCAACAACAGCGUCUUCGACGGAGGCGGAGACAGGCAACGAGCUUCCCCUCAACAGACACUCCUGCUCAUCCAACACCACCACUCGCACCUCCAACCCCAGCAACAGCUGCAACAGAACCAUCGGCAAAACCAACAACAAAACCAACAUCAGCAGCUGCAGCCAAGUCCCCAGCAACAGCAGCAACAGCAACAACAGCAGCAGCAAAAUCAUCAUCAACAACAGCAACCUACGCAGCAGCAGCAGCAACAAGCACCCCCGCCGCAAGCGCAACAGCAGCAGCGGGAAUCGGUCGUGACGCCGAACUCGUGGGCGUUGGUGGCGCAGCAGGGUGUGGUGGUCUCAACGAUGGCCAACAACAGGCUCAGCGGAGAGAGGUGCGAGGCGGCGAAAGAGCAGCUGAGCUUCGAGAGCAGGGUGGCGACCCCGAUCCAGAGGCGGGAGUCGGUGCUCACCUCGAGCGCGAGCCCCUCGUCGCUCUCGCCGAGCACGACGUUCUGGGUCUCGACGGUGGCGCCCGGGACGAGGGUGAGUUCGCCGAUGGUGAGCUCGCCGAUGGUGAGCCCGGUGACGACCCCGAUCGCCCCGAGCGGCGGCCGCAUCAACGGCGUCCGCCCGGAGCUCAUCGGCGGCGCCAACUACUGUGAUCAGAUGAAGCCCCCGCUCUCCUCGCCUCAACUCAAGCCGGUCACCACCAGCGUCCGCACAACGCCCACCGUCAUCAUGGGAGAGGCCGGCGGCGUGAGGACCAUGGUCUGGUCCCAGCCCAACGAGUCCAACCAGCAGCAGCAACAACAGCAGCAGCAGCAAUCGCAGCAGCAGCAGCAGCAACAACAACAGCAGCAGCAGCUCCACUCGCCGCAGCAAUUGAUGGUGGCGGCGUCGACGUCGUGCUCGUGGUCGCCGUCGGCCUCGCAGUCGCCGCUCUCGACGGGGACGAUGGGGAACAGCGAGGAGUCGGCGGCCCAGCUCCUGCUCAACCUGGGGCAGGAGCAGCAGCAGCUCAGCCUCCGCCCGUACUCGGUGUUCCCGGCGCCGCUCAACAUGGAGAAGCUCUGGGCGGGAGAUCUCUCUCAAUUGCCCGCCUCGCAACAGAUCCAGGCGCUGAACCUGAGCUCCUACGGGGCCGGGCCGCCGAGCUCCUGCUGGCCGGUGCCCUACAUCAAGGCCAACGGCGACGCCCACGCGGCCGGGCACGCCCUCAACCCGGGCCCCGUCGUCCAGAAGAUCCACGAGGAGACCGAGGAGGACGAGCAGCCCAUGAUCUGCAUGAUCUGCGAGGACAAGGCCACCGGACUCCACUACGGCAUCAUCACUUGCGAAGGGUGCAAAGGCUUUUUCAAGAGGACCGUGCAGAAUAGGAGAGUCUAUACUUGCGUUGCAGAUGGCAUCUGUGAAAUCACCAAGGCCCAAAGAAACCGAUGUCAAUAUUGUCGCUUCAAGAAAUGUAUAGAGCAAGGAAUGGUAUUACAAGCUGUUCGAGAGGAUAGAAUGCCUGGAGGUCGGAAUUCUGGAGCUGUUUACAAUUUGUACAAGGUUAAGUAUAAAAAGCAUAAGAAGAAUACAAGAAAUGGGCAGUUAAAACUUGAGGGUAAGCCAAACAAAGGACCAGAGCCAACCAUUCCUGCGCAUCUUGUCAAUGGCACAAUUCUUAAAACUGCACUAACUAAUCCGAGUGAGGUCGUUCACUUGCGGCAAAGGUUGGAUAAUACUGUCAGCUCGUCGCGUGAUCGAAACUUAACACUCGAUGCCACCCUGUCAAUGAUACAGGGCUUAGUAGACUGUGAUGAAUUUCAAGAUAUAGCAACUCUUCAAAAUCUGGAUGAUCUUCUGGAGCAUAAAUCAGAUUUAUCUGAUAAACUAAUGAAAAUAGGAGAUUCAAUUGUUUAUAAAUUAGUUCAAUGGACGAAACGGCUUCCUUUUUACUUAGAAUUACCUGUAGAAGUACAUACGAAAUUACUAACUCAUAAGUGGCAUGAGCUACUCGUACUGACAACAUCUGCAUAUCAAGCAAUUCACGGAGCUCACAAACUCGGUUCCACUAGCACUGAUGGCACUGAAGCGGAUUUCACGCAACAAGUAUCAAAUAAUUUAUGCACACUACAAACGUGUCUGACAUCAAUGAUGGGGCGACCCAUUACGAUGGACCAGCUCAGGCAAGAUGUUGGACUGAUGGUCGAAAAAAUCACACAUGUUACCCUUAUGUUCCGCCGCAUCAAACUACGUAUGGAAGAAUAUGUCUGUUUGAAAGUCAUAAUAAUGCUCAAUCCUUCUAAUCGAGCAGGAACUAGUGAAUUAGAAUCAAUACUAGAAAGAUAUAUGAGUUGUUUGAAGACUUAUGUAGAAAAUACAGCUCCUCAGCAGCCUAAUCGUUUUCACGAUUUGUUAGUACGUCUCCCUGAGGUGCAGUCUGCAGCCUCGUUAUUGUUAGACAGUAAAAUGUUUUAUGUACCAUUUUUGUUAAAUUCUACCAUUCAAAGGUAGUAGGUAGUGAAUCACGGAAUUGUUUAAAGUCUGUAUAAUUUGUACAUUUCAUAAAAUUUUAGCAAAUUACUACCAUUUGUCUUGUGAGCAUUUGAAUUUUCCAAGAAGAAAAAGAAGAAGUAAAAAUAUACCUUUUAUUCUUUCCGCCUGUCUCAUAAGAAAUCAAUUUAUCCUGCCAAAGUGAAAUUUCAGCCGUCGGGCUGAAAACAUUUUAGUUAUAAAUUUAAUUUAAGUUCAAGCUUAACAUAUGUAUGAGAUAACUACCAUUUUUGUGUUGCCGUUGAUCUAGUUACCAUUAUUUAUUUUGUAAGAAACUAUCUCAGUAAAGUUUAUUUAGUUUUCCAAGGUUUACCUGCCUCUGGGCCGACUGUUUUUAUAACUGACGAAUUUAAAUUGUAGCUAUAUAAGCGGCAUGCAAUUGAAAUCCAAUGUUCCCCAUUCCGCCAUUUUUACCUCAAAAUUUUCGAUCUAAACUCUUUUUCAAACUUCAUCUCUCAACUUUUCUCCAAGUACCUAAUAGUAUCAUUACCUUUCCAACGUUGAGUCUAUUAAAUAAACUUGAUGAUAUACCUUCUAUAUUAGAAGUUCUUCUCACUUUAAUUUUUUCUGUGAAAAAUAUUAUUUAGAGUGUAAAUAAAACUCUUAAAAUCAACUUUAAUUUUAACUCGUUAACCGUACGAAUAGUAGAUUGUAAUAAUAUGAUAACGAUUGUGAAAAAAAUCAUUACACUUAAACAUCUACUUUUGCGCUUAGAUUUUAUUUCUUUACAGAAAUUUGCUUUACAAUUAAGUCGGUCAAAUAAAAUAAAAUAGCUUUUUUGUUCAACUAAAGGUUUGUUGAGUGGCCUAACGUAACCUUUCUAAAAUCAGAGUGCGGUCAGUUUAAUUUUAAAAAUUCAUUAUCAAUGGUUGUAAUUCACAGGAGCUAACUGAUGCACUCAUCUUAAGUGGCAAUAUCUACUUCACAAAUGUAACGUUAAUCAGUAUCUACGUAAUCCCACAUCAUGAAAGAAAUUCCAGUAUGUAAAAUGAACGGGGGAAAAAAACAAACAAUACCUGUUUACUUUUUUGCCAUGAAAUUCUAUUUAUUCGCAGUUUUUAAAAAUCUCAUUAAGGAACUAAAAGUAUGAAAAAAGAGGCACCGAAUUGAAUAUUUCAGUAUUGUCAUUAAAUUAAUGUUUGUUGUGGAUUUCAAUCAUUUUCAUCGAUAGACAAGAAAUGAUCAAAGAAGUGCUUUAUGGUCUGUAGAUUUAAUUCAAGUGUUAUCAUUGUUUUUGUACCUAUAAUACUAUUCUUUUUCAUCAGUAGUUUUUUUUGGUUUUUUUUUUUAUUACAAUUCUUAUAAUUACUUUUGUAAUUUUUGAAUCCAGCUUUCUCACUGCCAUUAAAGCUUGGAAAUUUAAAAUUACCAUUUGUCACACCCUUUUUUUCUAUUUCAUAUCAUUAAAUAUCAAAAGCAAGUCAAAUUGGAA